GCAAACUGCAGCUCGUGAGCCACAUACGGCUCUUUGGAUAAUAUUAUUAUGACCCUUAUUUUUAAUGGAAGAUGAUUGAAUGUGAAAACCUAAACCAAGAAGAAAUAAUUAAAGAACUGUGUUUAUGCAAUGGUUUAUCUUAUGAGGUGGUUGGACAAGAAGGAUCAGAUACUUCAAAACUGGAGAUGUUUUUCUCAGGGUAUCCCCGUAUAGUCGGAUUAUCAUUAUUUCCUAAUUUAACAAGUCUCACAAUUGUUGCUCAAGAUAUAAAAGAAAUUUCAGGAUUAGAGACUUGUUUACAACUCAAAGAACUUUGGAUUGCCGAAUGCUGUCUAGAGAAAAUUGGAGGUCUUCAAGAAUGUAGAAAUUUAGAAAAACUGUAUUUAUAUUAUAAUAAAAUUUUCAAAAUAGAAAAUCUAGAGAAAUUAUUGAGAUUGGAGGUUCUUUGGCUGAACCACAAUGCAAUUAAAAAUAUUGAGGGCUUGCAAACUUUGAAGAAUUUAAAUGAUCUCAACCUUGCUGGAAAUCUAAUAAGAAGCAUUGGCAUCCUCCUCAUUACAAAGGUUUUCCUUGGCCAGAGUGUUCAGGCUCGUGAACAGGACUCCAUCAGUCAAGCCAACUAUCCAUUGGUUAAUUCGGUGUUCAUUCCUCGAAAAUAUUUGCUAAAUUCUAUAGUGGGACAAAGAAACUGUGAUUGCAGCUUUCGGCACUGCAAGUGGUUUGUCUUUGACCAUGACUUUGUUUUGCCAGAAUACAUCGUUGAAUUUGAGUACAUUACAGGGGUCAAGGCUCACUCUUUAUUUUCUUCGUUCAACAAUGUUAUUCUAGAAGAAAGCAAACAGAAUUCAGAAGGAUCAGUAUUGUCCCAGGAUUUGAAAUUUGAUGAAGAAGUUAUAAAAAUGGAACCCAGGAUCAAGCCGAGACCAAAACUUAUUAGUUUGGAUGAUAAAAUGAUACUUUCCCUUGCGAAGACUAAUAUUUACAGUCAUAUUGUGAGUCUGAAUCUACAUGGAAACUGCUUGAGCAAAUUGAGAGAUCUCUCUAAGCUAACAGGACUUCGAAAACUUAAUAUCAGCUUUAAUGAAUUUACUUGUUUAGAUGAUGUAUACCAUUUGUACAACCUUGAAUAUUUGGAUGCAAGCCAUAACCAUGUGAUAACCCUUGAAGGAUUUAGAGGGCUGAUGAAACUAACGCACUUAGACUUGAGCUGGAAUCAACUGAAAAAAUCUGGCGCUGAAAUAAAUGUGUUAUGCAAACACACCACAAGCCUUCUCACUCUUGAUAUUCGACAUAAUCCGUGGCAAAAGCCAGCCACAUUAAGGCUGAGUGUUAUUGGCAGAUUAAAGACUCUUACACAUUUAGAUGGACUCAUGAUUUCUGAAGAAGAAGCAACAGCAGCUAUGAAAUUUAUUACUGGAACAAAGAUUACUCAGUCCUCUCUCUUACAACAUUCUAGCACUGCAGAGGAGAGACCACGGGUACUUAGUAUCUGGCCAUCUGCCAAAAUUCUGACACAGGUGUCAAAGUUAGGACCACGCUCACACCUGAAUGGAAACUGGUACUUAAAGAUAACUGCCUUAAAUUUAGAUGGGCAACAUCUCUUUGAAAUCACAAAUUUAGAAAAACUGGAAAAUUUGAAGUGGGCUUCAUUCAACAACAAUAAUCUCACUAAAAUAGAAGGCUUGGAAUCCUGUGUGAACUUGGAAGAGCUCACAUUAGAUGGAAACUGCAUCUCAAAGAUAGAAGGCAUUUCCAAGCUGACUAAAUUAACCCGCCUCAGCCUAAAUAAUAACCUUCUCACCGGUUUGGAAAAGCAUGUUUUUGAUAACAUGCUCCAUCUUCACUCCCUUUCUCUUGAGAAAAACAAAAUCACUUCAUUGAGUGGUUUACAAAAAGCUUUUACUCUAAUUGAAUUAUACAUAAGCUAUAACUAUGUGGCUAUCAAUCAGGAGAUCUACAAUUUAAAGGGUUUAUGCAACCUGGUCAUUCUAGACAUGUAUGGAAACAUUAUUGUUUGUAAUCAAGAAAACUACCGGUUGUUUGUAAUAUUUCAUCUUCCAGAACUGAAAGCAUUGGAUGGAAUCUCCAUUGAACCACCAGAGACUGAGAGUGCAAAAGAUUUGUUUGGUGGCAGACUUACUUCAGACAUGAUUGCAGAGCGACAAGGACAUUCAGACUUCACCCAAAUGCAAGAACUGAAUUGGACUUCAUCAUCCAUCAGAACUGUGGAUUUGAUUCCAGUUGACCAAUUUAAAAAUGUGUGUAAUGUGAAUCUACAGAACAAUAAUCUCACCUCAUUCAGUGGAUUAAUCUAUCUGCCUAAUGUGAAGGUCUUAUGCCUCAAUUAUAAUCACAUUGAAUCAAUCACGCCCAGACUAAAGCCUCAGACCCACUUGACCAACAGACAGCUCCUCUAUCAGAAAGUGCCUUCAAGUGGCUAUGGACAGCAAGGAACUUCAAAAAUAAACAGAGAUACAAUGAGCAAUGAAAAUUUGCCUCCAAUAAUGCACAGUUUAGAAGUUCUUCAUUUGGGCUACAAUGGAAUUAGUAAUUUAAUUCAGCUACAACUAAACAGACUGAGAAAUUUAAAAUUCCUCUUUCUACAGGGGAAUGAAAUCAGUCAAGUUGAAGGGCUGGACAACUUAGAAGUCCUUCAGGAAUUGGUAGUGGACCAUAACCGCAUCAGAGCAUUUAAUGACAGUGCCUUUGCAAACCCAAGCUCUCUGUCAGCACUUCACCUGGAAGAAAACAGACUACGAGAGCUGAGCAAAUUACUACCUUUGGUAAAACUAGAGAAACUCUUCCUGGGAUAUAAUAAAAUCAAGGAUAUGGCAGAACUGGAAAAACUUCAUGGUUUCUCUUCUCUCCGAGAGCUUACAGUUUAUGGCAAUCCAAUUUGCAGAAAAAUGCUACAUCGCCACAUGCUCAUAUUUCAACUGCCUAACUUGCAAAUGUUAGAUGGAAUUCCUGUGAAUUCAGAUGAUAGGGCAAAAGCUGAAUUUCACUUCUCUGAACUACAGGCAAAGAAAAAUUCGCUUAUUCCUGUUACCAGCUCUCCUGUGGAUGGUGGAUCAUUUGGCCAAGUGAAACCUCCUCCCAUAAAGAUAACAAACAUAAUUCUGCCUGGUGGAUUUAGCCAUUACUUGGGAUCUGACUUCACUUUAACUCCUGAAGUUGAAGACAAAAAAAACAAGAAUGCAGGGAUUCUGACAAAUAAUCCUAGGAGCAUCCAUGCAGAAAUAGCUUUUCGGCAACUCAAAGGGCUAAAUCUCUCUCCAUCUCUUUUAUCACAUCAGAAUAUGGCAUCUCAAACUGCACCAAUGUACCAGAGCAACCAAGAUGAGGCAAGAAUUCCUGGCAGCCACUUCCCAAGAGUAAAUCAAAUGUAACUGCCUAAAGAGAAAUGCAUAUACACCAAGAAACAUAUUUCUGUUUAGUAAUUGUGCAAAACCUAGCAGAGAAUGUCGAUGGGAAAAGUACAAGAUAAUCAUGUUACUCAUGUUACUGAAGCACUUCAGUUCCCUAUGAAGAUCUUUAUCACCUUUAGUGAAUUUUAUUUAAUAUCAUCUCUCAGAUUUUCUUUAUGGUUAUCUUAAUUAUUUGUUUAAAUUUCUCUAUGAGAAAAAUCAUGAACUUAUUAUAUAUUACAACAAUUUGAAAAGAUAUAAAACGAAGCCCAAAGAAUCAAAUAUUUAGUACUGGUACUGGAAGCAUUUAGUUACAAAAUCUCAUUAUGGCCUAUCCUAUGAAGGUACUAAGAAAGGUAAUUUUAGGAAAUAAGCACACUUUCAUUUGUAGGAUAUCUGCUCAUUUGGGGUUACUUGAAACUAAAGCACACAUUUCUUACCAAAACACAACGAUUACAAAAGCAAACUGAGUUUUGCUAGUUGAACUACAGAUUAGCUUUUUAGGACUAUACUUAAAAAAAAAAAAUACCCUCAAACUGGGUCUGCCCUCAGAACUGUUUAGAAAAGCAAAUCUUGGGGAUCAAUGGUACUUCCUGAAGGUGGCUAACUGUGGGUGCAACCAGUCAUUCAUAUGCUUUAGGAAGAAGAGUACUAUUUCAUAUACAAAAUUUGUUUAUUGUGGCCAUAAUGAUAUAAUUUUACAAGCGGUUUUAGGCUAAAAAGAAUACAUGUUUCAAGCUGAGUGGACACAUUUAUAAUUUGGACCCUUAAUAAUUAUAUUUUGCUUGAAAUAACUUUUCUAAAAUAUUACACUUCAUCGUUCUAGGAUAAUAUCACAAAUAAUUCAAAUAUGUUUUUAAAUUUGCUUUUCUAUUUGUUAAAUACAGUUAUUUAAAUUAAUGACUUAAAUUGUCAAUCAUACUUUGAUAUAAAUGGACUCUAUGAUUCAUGAAAUAUCUUAUUUAAAUUUUUCAAGUAUUGGUUCAACAUCGCAUAUGGUUUUCAUACUACUUUACAUGUUCCUUACAUGAAAAUAGAUUAUUUUUACUGAAAUAUUUGUAUUUUAUAAUCUAUCUGGAAAUAGUUUUAAAGGUAUUUUGGAGACUAAUUCCAAUGUGUAUGCAACAAUUUUGUAUAUCUUUUCUUCUUUAAAAGCUGUAUGUUUGUAAUUUAAUCAUGUAGUAUUUAAUUUUUCAAACCGAAUACAGAAUGAUUUUAUACUUAUUAAUGUGUGGUUUUUAAACAGCUAUUACUCUUAGGUGGAACUAAGAUGAUUUGUUUAAAAAACAACUGUGCAGUUCUUAAGAUGUCCAGAAGAUGUCUUUGUCGCCCUUUAGUUUUGACAACUGCUUUCACUAUAGUGUAGUGAUAAGGGUCUGCUCUUCAUUAUUUGUUACUAACUUGGCAUCAUCAUCUUUUUUUUCUUUUCUAAGUAAAAUACUGAAUAGAUGUUACUUUUAUAAUAAAGCGUGUCUUUUAAAAUAAUAAACUGGAUCGGAAAAAUAAAUGUAACUGGUUUUCACGAGAGAAAAAUUUACAAGUAUAAAAAAGAAAAGUAUAAAGCAGAAAAAAACAUAACUCAUUAUCCAGCAUCCACUUAACAUUUGCCAUAUUUUCUUUUAUCCUUUUUUCCUGUGCACGUGUAAUAUAUUUGAGAUCUAUAAUAUGAUUUUUAUGUAUACAUUUUUAAAUUUUAAGAUCUUAUUUCUAUUAUAACUUUUUAAUUACAUCUGAAUUUCUUAUAAUACAUAAUUUCAUAGAAAUACUAAGAAUAAUAAUAAACAUGUAUUAAGGCGUUGUUAGGCACUGUACAGAAUACAGAUAUAGAUCCAACCUUAAGACUAUUGUAAUAUAUAUAUAUAUACAUAUAUAUAUAUAUAUAUGAUAAAUAAUUUCUAUAAAAGCAAUGAGGAGAGUGAUUACUAACAUAAUUUGGCACAGUAGUUCUGAAAUUUUUUCUGCCAUUAUAGCAGAUGACAUUGACCUGAUGUACAGCAUACUCCCCUGGGAAUGCCUAGCUAUGUUAAGCCAUUGGUUACAUGCAGUUCAUAAAGCAAUAGCUAUAACUUCACCCUUUCUUAUUCAACAAAACAAAUGAAAAUGUAAUUGAAUAUGAGAGAUGCUUUUAUAGAUGUGACUUUAGAUCGGCAACAAAAUUUAUUAAGUAAAUCAUUCACAAACUGAAAAUUUAAGUUAUAGUCACAGAUUAUUUGUAACACACUUCACAACUGAUUGCAACAAAGCUUUACAUUUACAAACCACUGGCCCAUGUUUUAGCCCAGUAACAACCCCAUGAAGUAAAUAUGAAAUGUACUGUCUCCAUUUAUCGAUAAAAAGAAAAAAUUGGCUUAAAAAGAAAAAAGUAGAUAUCACACCAAAUUCUAGAUUUUUUUCAACUCCAAAUUCAGCGCCUCUUUGAUUAUCACAAUGGACAUUUCAUUCUUACUAAUGUGCUAUUGAAUCAGCUGUUGUAGAGCCCUAAUGUAUGUAAAAUCCGUAAACCAUUCAUUUUCUUCCAGUGUAUUUAGCUUAGGGAAAAUGUAUAAUUUCUACAAUAAAAUUAGUUUUUUGCUGCCAGCAAAUGUCUUCAUAGAUUUAUUUUGCAUUCAAUCAUAUGCAUGAUUAUAUAUAUGACUUGUUUUAAAUUAAAGGACAAUUCCACAACCUGGAACAGAGCUAAAAAUUAGGCACUUUAACAAUAAAUUAGGAGCCUACAAUGCUGAACUGAAUAUACAUGAUGCCGAAGCGAUCUUCUGAUUUCGAUAUACGAAGAUUGACUAUAAUUAAGUAAUUGUUCAAUAUGAACUUUAUUAUUUACUUCUAUUUUUAUAGUUCAGAAUU